AUUCCCUAAAUGCCAUGAAGAAGGAGGAGGAGAUGGAAGCGUGUUUCUGCAUCACCACCCAUUAGUGAUUAGCAGUUUUAGCAGUAGUAAACGAAGGGUGAGUGGAGUGAUGCUGCGUUUUCUUUCAUUAAAUCAACAUUUUAUCACUAUCACUGUACCUAUUGCUGUUACUGUUUGAUUCUUCAUACUCUCAUCAUGCCAUCGCGUGACCUGCCUUCGUCGCCGCUUCUGUGGGCACCGCCGCCACUCGUCCACCGCCAUACUCACAACCUCACCGCACCUCUCGCCGGAGGGAUAGCUGCCGCCGCCGCCGCAGCUUCCCUUUUGAUCCUUUUCGCUCUCUGCUUUCGGAAAAUUUCCCUCAAGACAGAUUCCGAUUCCGAUUCCAGGCCUCCUUACCGCUUCUCUUACUCUGUCCUCCGCCGUGCCACGUCAAAGUUGGACCCUUCUCUCCGCCUCGGUCAAGGCGGCUUUGGCUCGGUCUACAGUGGGACUCUGAAAAUCCCGGGCUCAAAGUCUGAUCUUCCCGUUGCCGUCAAGGUCAUGGAUUCGGGUUCUCUCCAAGGAGAACGUGAAUUUCAGAACGAGCUGUUUUUCGCCGGAAAAAUGGAUUCCAAGUACAUCGUCUCCGUCGUCGGCUUCUCCUCCGACCACCGGAGAGGACGUCGGAUGAUGAUGGUGUAUGAACUCAUGGCCAACGGAAGCCUACAAGAUUGUCUGUUGCACCGUAAGUGUAGCGAGUUAAAGAAUUGGGAAAGUAGAUUUUCAAUUGCUCUUGAUAUAGCUAAAGGGCUAGAAUAUUUGCAUCAUUUUUGUGACCCUCCGGUGAUCCAUGGGGAUAUUAAGCCCAGUAAUGUGUUGUUAGAUACUAAUUUUAAUGCAAAAAUUGGAGAUUUUGGAUUGGCGAAGGUAAAAACAGAGGAUCGCGUUGAAAUUGAGGUGAAAAAGGAGCAAACUUUAGUGGAAGAUAAUAAUGGAUCGGUAAUUGAGGAGUUUCAUGGAGGAUUGGAUCAGUUGCCUGAGACUCCAGUGGUUUCACCUGAAACAGUGGCAGCUAUGGCCUCACCAUCUGAGGGAUUUGACAAGACGAGUGUUUCGGAGGGGAAUUUUGAUAGGUUUAGUGUAGAAAGUGGGAAAAUUUCUGAUAAGAAGAGUGGGGUAAAGAAGAAGAAGAAAGGGAAUGAUUGGUGGUGGAAACAAGACAUUGUUGAGGCAGAAUCAGGUCCUGUGAAGGAUUAUGUAAUGGAAUGGAUUGGGAAUGAGAUCAAGGAGGAGAGGCCUACAAGUGAGUGGAUAGGGGCCUCAUCCAGUGCAGGGGUGGAAGGGAAAACUGAGAAGAAGAAGAAGAAGAAUAAGAAGAAGCAGAAACGGUUUGAUUGGUGGGUGUCUCUGGAUGAUGACAAGACUGCAAAACAGGAGCAAAGAAGACCAGCAAGGGAAUGGUGGAAGGAGGAAUACUGUGAGGAGCUUGCAAGGAAGAAAAAGGGUUCCACAAGUGAUGAUUGUCACAGUGAUUACUGGGCAAGGGACGACGAAUUGUAUGGCGAUAGGAAGAACAAGAAAAUGAGUAGGAGCAGGAGCAGGAGGAGUAGUAAGAGCAGCAUUGAUUGGUGGUUGGAUGGAGUUAGCAGCGAGCUAUGGAGAGCUCGAAGAAACAGCUUCGAUUCGGGCAGUGGGGAGAUAGCCAAGAGUGGUGUCAGCAGCACGCCUAGUCUGAGAGGCACUGUCUGCUACGUUGCACCCGAGUAUGGAGUUUGUGGAGACCUAUCUGAAAAGUGUGAUGUCUAUAGCUAUGGAGUAGUGCUGUUAGUUCUUAUUGCUGGGCGUCGGCCUCUCCAGGUCACAAGUUCACCAUUGUCUGAGUUUCGACGUGCCAAUCUCCUGUCCUGGUCUCGCCACCUUGCCCGAGCAGGGAAGCUUCUUGAUCUGGUUGAUCAAUCACUGGAGUUAGUUAAUCAAGAACAAGCUCUUCUAUGCAUCACUGUUGCCCUGCAUUGCCUGCAGAAGUCGCCAGCUAGGAGGCCAUCAAUGAAAGAAGUUGUGGGGAUGCUUUCUGGGGAUUUAGAACCUCCCCAGCUACCAACUGAACUUUCUCCUUCUCCUCCCUCCCACUCGAAAUACAAGCCUCACAAGAAGCGAAUCUCCGGUGACAUUUGAUCUGUUACGAGGUUUCAGUGACAGCAACAUUGUUUAUAGACUAUUGAUGACUGAUAUAAAGAUUGUUUAUAGACAUUAGACAGACGAUUAUGUAAAGAACACAGGAAAGAAAUAAAUUUUAACUUGUGGUUUUUAA